ACAGUGGGAAUAGAUGAGAAGCUCAUGGAAGAAAUAGUUACCCAGCAGUUACUUGUACAUGUUCCUGAUGAGAAGAAAGAAGUGCUGGCAAGCUUCAUAAUGGGCCUCUUCAAUUUGUAUGAAGAUCUUUACUUCACAUAUCUGGAGAUCAACCCACUUGUGGUCACUAAGGAUGGAGUGCAUGUCUUGGAUAUGGCAGCCAAAAUUGAUUCUGCAGCAGAGUACAUCUGCAAGCCCAAGUGGGGUGAUGUGGAGUUUCCUCCUCCAUUUGGCAGAGAAGAUUAUCCUGAGGAAGCAUACAUUGCUGAUCUGGAUUCUAAGAGUGGUGCUAGUCUGAAACUCACUGUGCUGAACCCCAGUGGAUGCAUCUGGACCAUGGUGGCUGGCGGUGGUGCAUCUGUGGUGUACAGGUUCUGUGGUGCCAGAAUUCUUGUAUAA